GAGAUGCUGGAAAAACAAGGUACCAAAAUUGACAAAGUGCUCAAUUUUGCGAUUGAUGACGCAAUCCUUGAGGAAAGAAUUACUGCACGCUGGAUACACCCUCCCAGUGGCAGAACCUACCAUACAAAGUUUGAUCCUCCCAAGGCUCCUGGUGUUGAUGAUGUUACUGGUCAACCACUUAUUCAGCGCAAGGAUGACACUGCAGCUGUUCUUAAGUCAAGACUGGAGGCAUUUCACAAGCAAACUGAACCGGUAUGAUUCUGAAUCCAUUUUCAACGGAAGUAAAAUUUAAACUUCAAUUAUACAAUAGCUUUCAGCAAUUAUUUUGUUAUG